AUGGAAACAACUGCAGAAGGAAAAACAAUAGCAGUAGAAAUAGAAAGAGCAAAGAGGGAACCUGUAGAAACUUCAUCCGCUUGUCCCUCUCCCUUUCUUAGUACGCUAUCUUUUGGAUUGAGGAAGAAAAAUACAUGUGAAUUAGAGUCCUUGCCAAAUCCAUUUCGUUGUAGUGGGAGUGACGAGAGUUGCCUUCAAUAUUUUCUUAUACUUCGAAAAAACAGUAAACUAGAGGUAGAAGAAGUAUGGUCCUAUCCAGAAUCUCUCGAUGUAGUUGAAGAGAGAUACCCAAAGAUGUCACAGUUUGUCUUUUCCGUAUCAGGUACCUCAUACUCUGUAGAUGAACUUAAUCAUACAUUUGUACUUACAGAUGGACAUGGAGUACGUUUAUAUGGUCAUUGUACAACUUUUGUAAAUGGAGAAGCUAUUGUUAGUCUUUCAUUAUAUCCAUGGUGUCGUUUUUUUACCCGACUUGCUAUGUUUUUUCGUUGUAAUGGAUACGAUUUUGGAAAAGAACUUGUUUUGGCUCUUUUUAAAUCCCCUACACCACCUUCAGGUGGAAGUUUCCAUAUACCUACUAAUAUUCCCAUCGCAUUUUAUAGACCAUACGAUCGAUUGUGUUCCUUUAUUGAUACUUGGCCACUUGAAUUACUCACUAUAUUUCCUGAUACAAGUACUCUUUUUGCUGUAUUAGCAGAUUUACUACUUGAGAAACAUAUUAUCGUUGUGGGACCAAAUUUUGGUAUUGUAUCACAUGUAGUGAUGUCUUUGCAGGCACUUAUAGCUCCUUUUGACUGGCAGCAUAUUUUAAUACCGAUACUUCCUAGUAGUCUUCUUGAUGUCUUGGCGGCACCUACACCUUAUCUUGUAGGUAUACUUACUUCACAACUUCAUCUUUUAGAGUCUAUACCAAUUGAACGUUGUGUUAUGGUACAUUUAGGAUCAUCCGGAACUUGUGAAGAAGUUUAUUAUCACUCUGAAGAAAAACAUAGUUUACCCAAUUCCGGUUUAUUUAGCGCUCUUCGAAUAGGCUAUAGUACGUUAAAGAUGCGAGACCCACGUGAUCAGACGGUACGAGAUCUUUGUAGUUUAUUUCUCAGUUACUAUGCGAACUUAUUAGGUAGUAUUCUGGCUAGUGGUGGAAAGAAUACCCCCUUCUCGGAGUCCCUUCUCCGCACGCAGUGUUUCAACACGUUGUUAGUGGCGGUGCAGGACGCGCUGGGGGACCCGACGCAUCUCUGGCUGGACAAUGAGUUCAUCGUGGCGCUGGUCCGCGGCCACCCCACUCUUCUCCCCGUCCACUACGAACUCCUCACGCGGGAGGAGCGGGACGGCGGGGGGUUCGCGGCCCGCUACGAGAACUGUUUUGGCAGCCGCGAGGUCUUCACGAGCCUCUCGGCGGCGGUCCACGGCUUCGGCGGCCACCGCCCGGGGACCUGCGCGCUGCUCGCCCACUGCCUGCGGAGCCUCCUCGGCCGCGCGGUGCCGGACACCCGCCGGGCCCGCGCCGGUCGCGUUGCCGGCGCCCUCGAGAGCCCCGCCGUCUCCAUCGGCCGCGGCCCGUACCACUCCGCCUCCCUCGACACGCCGGAGGUGAGCGAGAUGGUGGAGCUGCCGCCGCCACCCGCACGCAAUGGAGGAGGGAAGGGAAGAGUAGGAAUGAAUGGAAAAGGUAAUGGAGUCACUGUGGAAACGGUAUACGAUUGA